GAACUCGAGUUGGAAGAGGCGAGUCCGGUCUCAAAAUGGAGGGCCAUGAUCCAAAGGAACCAGAGCAGUUGAGAAAACUGUUUAUUGGUGGUUUGAGCUUUGAAACUACAGAUGAUAGUUUAAGAGAACAUUUUGAAAAAUGGGGUACACUUACAGAUUGUGUGGUGAUGAGAGACCCCCAAACAAAACGUUCCAGGGGUUUUGGUUUUGUGACUUACUCUUGUGUUGAAGAGGUGGAUGCAGCAAUGUGUGCCCGACCACACAAGGUUGAUGGGCGUGUAGUGGAACCAAAGAGAGCUGUUUCUAGAGAGGAUUCUGUAAAGCCUGGUGCCCAUCUAACAGUGAAGAAAAUUUUUGUUGGUGGUAUUAAAGAAGAUACAGAAGAGUAUAAUUUGAGAGACUACUUUGAAAAGUAUGGCAAGAUUGAAACCAUAGAAGUUAUGGAAGACAGGCAGAGUGGAAAAAAGAGAGGAUUUGCUUUUGUAACUUUUGAUGAUCAUGAUACAGUUGAUAAAAUUGUUGUUCAGAAAUACCACACUAUUAAUGGGCAUAAUUGUGAAGUGAAAAAGACCCUUUCUAAACAAGAAAUGCAGUCUGCUGGAUCACAAAGAGGUCGUGGAGGUGGAUCUGGCAACUUCAUGGGUCGUGGAGGGAACUUUGGAGGUGGUGGUAACUUUGGCCGUGGUGGAAACUUUGGUGGAAGAGGAGGCUACGGUGGUGGUGGUGGUGGCAGCAGAGGUAGUUAUGGAGGAGGUGAUGGUGGAUAUAAUGGAUUUGGAGGUGAUGGUGGCAACUAUGGUGGUGGUCCUGGUUAUAGUAGUAGAGGAGGCUAUGGUGGUGGUGGACCAGGAUAUGGAAACCAAGGAGGUGGAUAUGGAGGUGGUGGUGGAGGAUAUGAUGGUUACAAUGAAGGAGGAAAUUUUGGAGGUGGUAACUAUGGUGGUGGUGGGAACUAUAAUGAUUUUGGAAAUUAUAGUGGACAACAGCAAUCAAAUUAUGGACCCAUGAAGGGGGGCAGUUUUGGUGGAAGAAGCUCGGGCAGUCCCUAUGGUGGUGGUUAUGGCUCUGGUGGUGGAAGUGGUGGAUAUGGUAGCAGAAGGUUCUAAAAAAUUUUCAGAAGAAAAGGGCUACAGUUCUUAGCAGGAGAGAGAGCGAGGAGUUGUCAGGAAAGCUGCAGGUUACUUUCAGACAGUCGUCCCAAAUGCAUUAGAGGAACUGUAAAAAUCUGCCACAGAAGGAACGAUGAUCCAUAGUCAGAAAAGUUACUGCAGCUUAAACAGGAAACCCUUCUUGUUCAGGACUGUCAUAGCCACAGUUUGCAAAAAGUGCAGCUAUUGAUUAAUGCAAUGUAGUGUCAAUUAGAUGUACAUUCCUGAGGUCUUUUAUCUGUUGUAGCUUUGUCUUUUUCUUUUUCUUUUCAUUACAUCAGGUAUAUUGCCCUGUAAAUUGUGGUAGUGGUACCAGGAAUAAAAAAUUAA